GUGAAAAAACAAAACAUCAGAUAUUGGCAAUCUACUGGUUAACUAUGUGAAGAAACGUACAAAGGUUCUCUUUCUUACAAUUUUUAACUUAUUCAUACAUCUUACUUUGUUUUCAGAAAAGUUCUGACUCCAUCUAAUAAUCUUCCCUUAGAUCUUAGCAAUCUACUCUCUGUGCUUUAUGAGCAUAUAUAUAUACAUAUGCAAAUAGACAUACAAAAGCACAGAGAAGUAGCAAAUAGGCAAUUCUACUUCUGUUUCUCUCUUUAAGAAACAGCCAUCAUAAGAAACAUGGGCUUUGAGGGUGGCUGGAAUUUCAUUUGUACUCUAAUAAGUCUUUUUGUGCUUCUUUUUCACCAUUCAAAUGCACAUCCACAACAGAGCUGCAACUUUUUUGAAGGAAGUUGGGUUGAAGAUGAAACUUAUCCUCUUUAUAAUUCAACACAAUGUCCUUUCAUUGAACAUGAAUUCAACUGCCAAAGGAAUGGCCGUCCUGAUCAAGAUUACCUUAAGUACAGAUGGCAACCCCAUGGCUGCUCCUUAAAGAGAUUUGAUGGAGGGGCAUUCUUGCAGAAAUUCAAAGGGAAAAGUAUAAUGUUCGUGGGAGAUUCUCUCAGCAGAAACCAAUGGCAAUCACUCGUAUGCCUUCUUUACACAUCAGUUCCUAAGACCAAUUACAACGCAACUAGAGUUGGCGAUGUCUCUAUUUUCACUUUCUUGGAUUUUGGAAUUGACGUAAUGUUGGAUCGGAGUGUGUAUUUGGUGGACGUUGUGAGGGAAGCAAAAGGCAGAAUCUUGAAACUAGACUCAAUUGAAGGUGGCAAGUUGUGGAAAGGAAUUGACAUGCUUAUCUUCAACACUUGGCAUUGGUGGAAUCGCAGAGGAGCCACUCAGCCAUGGGAUUUUAUUGAAAUAGGAGGCCAAUACUAUAAAGACAUGGACCGUGUGGUUGCUUUCGAGAAAGCACUGAUUACAUGGGCUAAGUGGAUUGAUACAAAUAUUGAUCCUGCAAAAACUAUGGUUUUCUUUCAAGGAAUUUCCCCAUCGCAUUACAAUGGUACUGAUUGGAAUCAACCAGGCGUGAAAACGUGCUUAGGGCAGAGGCAACCAGUAAGUGGAUCGACAUAUCCAGGAGGCCUGCCACCAGCAUUGACAGUGCUGAAGAAUGUAUUGAGCACAAUUGAGAAGCCAGUGACAUUGCUUGAUGUCACAAACCUUUGCCUAUUGCGUAAGGAUGGGCAUCCUUCAAUUUAUGGGCUGGGUGGAAGAACAGGAAUGGAUUGCAGCCAUUGGUGUCUAGCUGGAGUUCCUGAUACUUGGAACCAAAUAUUAUAUAACCUUGUUUCUUAAUUGAACAUUCAGUAUUUUUCUCUCAUUAAAUUGUUCAAACACUUAAGUUGUCACAUACAACUGAUAAGAGAAGAACUGGUCAUUAACAGAGGACGUCCUGUGAAAAGUUGAGAUUAUUGCAACAAUUUCUUAGCAUGUUUAUUUGGUGCUAUCUGUAGAACAAAUGCAGUUAUUAAUCUUU